AUGGAGGCCCUUGCUAGUCUUCACCACCGUCACCAACUGUUCGGUUCCUCAGUCGAUUGCUGUUACUCAGCCGAAUUUCCAAAUUCCUCAGACACCUUUGAAUCAAUUCUGGACUCUUUCCCCAAAAUCGCCUCGUUUGCCACUUUAACCGCUGUAUCGGCGUUAUUCUUCAAUGGGUUUUAUCGGAAUGCUUUAAUUUCUAAGUGCAUUGCGUCGUCUCCGGUGGCUGCCAUCCAAGAAUCCGUGGUUGAGGAGAGCGAAAUCGAGGAGUUUGUGGGGCCUGCUCGCAAACCAUUUCAUGGAUGCUUAAUGCGGUAUUUGAAGCUCAAGGAGAAAAUUCCAGUAGUGUACGAUUUUACGAAAAUAAAACCUGACGAUCAAGCUUGGAAGGAGUUGAAGUCCCAUAUUUAUAGUUGUAGCGAAGAGUUGGAGCUGGUGAAGAUUGGAUUUGAAGAGAUAUUGGAGAAAGAUCCAUACAGCAAGAAGUCCUAUCACGGUCGUGUACUUGAGUACCUGGAAAUGGUUGAUGAAUGUAAGGACAUAUUGAAGGAUAUCAAGAAGAAAAUGGAUAGGUGUGAAAGGCAAAGUGAACAUACGAAGUACUUUUUGAGAGUAUUUAACGACUUGGUUGAUCGAGUAAGAGUCUUGCAGGGAUACAUGGUCGGUGCUUUGAAGUUUUAUCAAGAGCUUGAGGCAGAAUAAGAGCAAUUUGUCCUUAACGCUGGUUUUAAAGCGUUUUGUAUGACUUAUGUUCGAUAUAAAGAUUGAAAAGUACCCAAUUGCUCAUGAAGGUGGGUGUAUGAGGCUUAGCUCAAAUGCAACAUUCUGCUUUUAUUAUGCCAAGUGAUCUUUAUUUGUAGUAGUCUUACCAGAGUGACAAUAUACUGAGUAUAAACAGGAAAUUAAACCAUUGGCUGAAGCAUUGGGCUGAAUCGCAAGCACAACAUAUGUUUGGCAAUUCGGUUUCUGACUUUUGUGUAGGAACUAGAUCAUCCACAAAUUGCUUGAUGUGCGAUUGCAGUGACAAUGUUGAAAAAGUAGGUCUCAAAUUGGACCUUAAUAAUGUUAUCUGUAGUCAGGUUAUGCAUGACUUGGUUAUAGUUGAGGUUUAUAACUUGCCCAAGAUCCUAUGACAAAGUCUAAAAUUCUGAACUAACGACUGAAGUGAAAGGUGAGGAUAACAAAGACAACGUUGAUUCAUCCCUUUUAAUCCUUUGCAGUUCUGUCAUAUUUUUAGUGGAUGAAUUAGAAUUUGUACUUAGAAGUUGCAACUUUCCACUGAUUCCCUAUUGUCCAUCAGAAUAUUCUUUACGACACAUUUGUGUAGAGCAGGAAUUCAUCAGUUGGCAUUGUCUUUAAACUUGCUUUGCUGAGGGCAGUUCUUGUGGUCACUGUUGGAUUACUGAUUUGCUGUCCAUAUGUUAUUGUGGGCUUUUCGUUCUACUUACAACGUUAGUAGGGGGGCAUUAGUUGAUUAGGCAAUGUGAAAUAUUAUUUAUGCUUUGCCUCUUUACUUGUAAAAAUUGUGGGUUUAGUUUGAAAAGGAUCCGGACUUGAGGGGUUUAUUAGGUUUAUAUUUGGGGGUUUACAUAACCAUAUUUGGUGAAAAAUUCAUUCCAUUAGGUUUCAUUUUCUGUGCAAGAUAUCCCAUGUAAAUGUAUGCCAUAAGAAUUACAGA